AUGGAUCCAGAGAGGGAUGUCAGAGGAGAAAAACCAUGUGAAACACAACUUCGUGUUCAGAGGGAGUCAAUGCAGAACGUCUAUGCAGGGGACCCAUUUCAACUGGAAUGCCCUGUGGUAUACUGCGCUGGCAGACCUAACGUGACCUGGUGCAAGUUGAAUGAAACCCAGUGUUUGCCUCUGGGGGCUAGCAAUCGGUUACACAUGGAAUGGGAACACAGACAGAAUACUUUCAUUUUUAUUCUACAUUUUGAUCAAGCAUUGCCUACUGACAAUGGAUCAUACCGCUGUUCUUUGAAUGUUUCAUCUGUACUCUUUGAAAGUCACUCAAUAGCUGUUAAUGUGAUAGAUACAACCAGUGCUGCAAGACCACCCUUCAAGAACAAGAUGGAGGACACACCAUUGGUCCUUUAUUGUUUGCUUCCUUUGGGAGGAUUGUUUCUACUCAUUACCUGUUUCUACCUAUUCUGCUGCCUGAAAAGGCACCAAGGGGAACAAAAGGAGCCUUCUAAUACACCAGAAAGUGGAAUUAACCUGGUUGAUGUUCCUUGGCCCUUUAGACGUGAGCAAAUUGAAGUGGACACCAGACAAAAUCCCCAAACACUGCCAUCAGAAACUGAUGUUUAUGAUAAUGACCCCUGGGUCAGUGUCCAGGAAGAGUCUGGGGUUUAUUCUAACCCACGUCUGGAGGAAAACAAACAGGGCAUUGUUUAUGCUUCGCUGAACCACUCUGUCAUUGAAAUGAACUCAAGGCAGGCAAGAAAUGUGAAAGAAGCACCUACAGAAUAUGCAGCCAUAUGUGUGAGGAGUUAA